AUGAGACUUGAAAUUAUUCUAUUUUCUGCGAUUUUCGUUUUGGUCAUUGGACAAGAGGCGCCUGGUGAGCCUGACAUUACGGAAGAUACAAAGAAAAAGAUCGAGGAGGAAGAAGCCGCCCUCAGUCCCGAGGCCAAAGACUUUGUGAAUAAGGUGAAGACGGCAAUUAUGACUGUGCAAAAUCAAAGUGGAUCAGUCCCUCCAAGCCCAGAUCAGAUUGAGAACGCGCUCGGUACAAUUCGUAGUGAAUUGGAAACGAACCCCACCCUGAAAGCUGAAGUGGAGAAAUUCGACCAAGACGUCAGUGCCGCGCUGGAGUCGGACGCCAACGUUGGGGAAAAGGUCAAAGAAGCGAAAACUAUGGCCAUGAACGCCGUGAAGCCACAGAGAAGAAGGCGACAGGCAGCAGCUAUGGAUCACAAGAUGCCGGAGCUCACACCGGAACAAAAGGCCUCAAUUGACGAGGCCAUGGCCGCCCUAUCUCAAGAAAAUCCAGCUGCAGGCCAAAUGGCGACGGAAAUGAAGGCGAUCAUGUCAAAUAAUGCCCUUACGCAUAAAGAGAAGAUGGAGCAGAUGAAAACCCUGCGCAACUCGCAAGCCGAUCCCACCGUGGUCAGCGCGCUCGACGCCUUUGAGCAGAAAAUCCGCCAAAUGCUACGCCCGGCUAAUAAAGUU